GGGGGCUGAGCGCGGGCGGGCGGAUCGCUGUGCGGAGUCCACGGCGGCGGUGGACGGGACGGAGAGGCGUGACAUGGAGGCCGGGGCUGCUCCCGCUGCAGCGAGGGAGCCUGUUGAGGGCUGUGCAGAGCCCAAACCUGGAUACUGGGGGGAGCUGAGCCAGACCCCUGUCCCAUCCAGACCCCAGGACAAGGAGGAGGUGGCACAGAGCCCUCUAGAGGCCCUGGACAGUGACACUCCCGGGGCUGAGAACGCAGCAGUGAAUGCCAUGCUACGAGCCGUGGCUGCCAGCCGUCUGCCCGUGUGCAGCCAGCAGCAGGGCGAGCCUGACCUGACGGAGCGCGAGAAGGUGGCCGUGCUGAGCCAGCUGUACCACGAGAAGCCACUGGUGUUCCUGGAGCGCUUCCGCACGGGCCUCCGGGAGGAGCACCUGGCCUGCUUUGGCCACCUGCGUGGUGACCACCGGGCAGACUUCUACUGUGCCGAGGUGGCCCGGCAGGGCACUGCCCGGCCCCGCACCCUACGGACCCGCCUACGAAACCGGCGCUACGCAGCCCUGCGAGAGCUCAUCCAAGGGGGCGAGUAUUUCAGCGAUGAGCAGAUGAGGUACCGUGCGCCACUGCUGUACGAGCAGUACAUCGGCCAGUACCUCACCCAGGAGGAGCUCAGUGCCCGUGCCCCAGCCCCUCUGGCGGCCCGGCCCGGCUCCCCCAGCACCCCUGCCUGCCCACUCUCCGACCUGCUGCUCCAGUCCUACCAGGAGCGCGAACUGCAGCAGCGGCUGCUCCAGCAGCAGGAGGAAGAGGAGGCCUGCUUGGAAGAAGAAGAGGAGGAAGAGGACAGUGAUAAGGAAGACCAGAGGUCCAGCAAAGACUCAGAAGCCUGGGUGCCGGACUCGGAGGAGAGGCUGAUCCUGCGGGAGGAGUUCACCAGCCGGAUGCACCAGCGUUUCCUGGAUGGCAAGGACGGGGACUUUGACUACAGCACUGUGGACGACAACCCCAACUUCGACAACCUGGACAUCGUGGCCCGGGACGAGGAGGAGAGGUACUUCGAUGAGGAGGAGCCCGAGGACGCGCCCAGCCCAGAGCUGGGUGGAGACUGACCAUGGCACUGCCCUGUCCAGCCCUGACCCCGGCCAGGAAGCUCCCCGAUGGCAGGAUGGCUGCUCAGCCACUGGGCCGUCUUCCCUCCCCCUCCCCCUUUGCCCUCCCACCCGCUGCCUCUGUCUUGUGCUCCCUGUGACUCGGCUCCUUCCAUGUCCCUCGCUCCGUCUCACUCUGUGAUCUCCCCCUUUUCCUGUCUCUGCCCCCCACCCCCACGCCUUUGUCACAUUCUCUCCAUGCGUCCGGCCCAGAAUGAAUGUCUACCCCCUUGUUCGAGGCCCAUGGUACAGGCCAGUUCACCUGGGGCCCAGCCCAGAUCUGGCCUUUCUGUACCUGUCUACCGGCUGCCUCGUUGUACCUCUUAGAGUCUGUCUGUCCUUUCCACGCCCCGCUGUCCCAUUCCUCUCCCAGCUGCCCACUGCCCUCCUCCCCAGGCCUCACUACGCCAGGGGGACCCCACUGUGGCCACUAGCUACUGCUUCUCCCUUAGGAAACUGGCAGA